AUGGGCUUCGAUGGUGAUGUACAGUAUUAUUUGGUUCCGAAACGUCCCGAACGUCCGGAGGCUGAUGAAUCAUUAUUGUUUGUCAUGGAUCCUUGCGCUUUAACAAAGAGUUUCCAUAACAUGACACUAAUUUUGAUAGUUUUGUCGAUCUACCUGGACUCUCUGCUGCCAUGCCCAAUUGUCACGAUAGCGCUGAAAAGACUUUUGUGUCGUUGUGAACGGCUCGAUCAAAUACUGCGCUUCUGCGGUAUAAAAACAACUCAGUUCUGCCAAUAUAGUCCAGCAAAUUAG